CGGGCGCAGCGGCGGCGCUCUCCGAGUCCGGGUCCUCGCGCCACUGCUCCGCGGGGACAGCGCGCUCCGCCGGCCUCACCGCGCGCUCCAAGGGCUUCCCGCCGGGACCAUGCGCGGCCGCGAGCUCCCUCUGGUCCUGCUGGCGCUGGUCCUCUGCCAGGCGCCCCGGGGGCCGGCCGCCCCGGUGCCGGCGGGCGCGGGGACCGUACUGGACAAGAUGUACCCGCGUGGCAACCACUGGGCGGUGGGGCACUUAAUGGGGAAGAAGAGCACCAGAGAGUCCCCAUCUGUUGAUGAGGGAGGGAGCCUGGAGCAGCAGCUGCAGGAGCACCUUUGGUGGGAAGAAGCUGCGAGGAAUUUGCUGAAUCUCCUAGAGGCAAAGGGCACAGGAAGUCAUCAGUCACCUCAAAGGGCAUCCCUGGGCAUUCGCCCGUUGGCUUGGGAUUACCAGGAUGACAGCAACUUUAACGUCCUAGGUUCAGAACCUAAAGUUGGCGGACUCUCUGCUCCAGGUCCUCAACGUGCAGGAAGGAACCCCCAGCUGAACUAACCUGGACAGCAACGUCCUCUCUCAACGAAGCAAAGCAAAACCCUUAGGAGACUGUGCUCUACGGGCGUCAGUUCUACUGGAUCUUCAACAAGAUUUCCUUUGUGCAAAAACACUUAACUAUUCUUGUAUCCUUCAGCCUUCACUAAAUUUAUGAUUUUAAAGCAGCAUCUUCUGUUUUGAAUUUGUUAGCUGUGAUUAACUGUCUCUAAAGUGUCUUCCAAUUAAUGCUCUUUACAUCCAAGCUCUUUGUCAAUUAGAUUCCAGUCCCCAACCUCUUACCAUUUACAAUAAAAAACUUAAGCACA